UCGCGCGGCGGCGGCCGGGCGGGAGGUGUGUGCGCGCGUGCGGCGCGGUGCGGAGCGCGGGGCGCCGCGGGCUGUCAGGAGCCCGAUGGCGCGGGGAGGCGCGCGGGCCGGGCCCCGGGGGGCCGCCCCCGGCCGCGGCUGAGCCCCCACUGCAGCGGCCCGCGAGCAUGUCACCUCUGGUCGCCCGCGUAGCCUCCGCCAGCCGUGAGCGCGUACCCACGUCCCGCGGCCGCGCUGGCUGCCUACGACAGUGGCCCCCGGACCUCCGCCCCUGAUUGGCGCAGGGACGUAGCGCCAGAGGACCAUGGCCGGCCAGGGGGACUGCUGCGUGAAGGUGGCCGUCAGGAUCCGGCCGCAGCUGUCAAAGGAGAAGAUUGAGGGCUGUCACAUCUGCACCUCUGUCACCCCAGGUGAGCCCCAGGUCCUCCUGGGGAAAGACAAAGCCUUUACCUAUGACUUUGUCUUCGACCUGGACACAUGGCAGGAGCAGAUCUACUCAACCUGUGUGAGCAAGCUCAUCGAGGGCUGCUUCGAGGGCUACAAUGCCACGGUGCUGGCCUACGGGCAGACAGGGGCCGGGAAGACCUAUACCAUGGGCACCGGCUUCGACACGGUCACCUCGGAGGAGGAGCAGGGCAUCAUCCCGAGGGCCAUCGCGCACCUCUUUGGGGGUAUCGCUGAGCGGAAGCGGCGGGCGCAGGAGCAGGGCGUGGCGGGGCCGGAGUUCAAAGUCAGCGCUCAGUUCCUGGAGCUCUACAAUGAGGAGAUCCUGGACCUGUUCGACAGCACACGGGACCCCGACUCCCGGCACCGCAAGUCCAACAUCAAGAUCCACGAGGACGCCAAUGGGGGCAUCUACACCACGGGUGUCACCGCCCGCCUCAUCAAUUCCCAGGAGGAGCUGAUCCAGUGCCUGAAGCAGGGGGCCUUGUCGCGCACCACAGCCAGCACCCAGAUGAAUGUACAGAGCUCCCGCUCCCAUGCCAUCUUCACCAUCCACCUGUGUCAGAUGCGGGUGUGCGCCCAGCCGGACCUGGUGGGUGAGGGGGUGACUGGGCUUCCCGAAGGCUCAGCGCCCUCCAGCGAGUAUGAGACGCUCACGGCCAAAUUUCACUUUGUGGACCUGGCGGGUUCUGAGCGGCUGAAGCGCACAGGAGCCACAGGCGAGAGAGCCAAGGAGGGCAUCUCCAUCAACUGUGGCCUGCUGUCCUUGGGCAAUGUCAUCAGUGCCCUGGGGGACCAGAGCAAGAAGGUGGUACACGUGCCCUACCGGGACUCCAAGCUCACUCGACUCCUCCAGGACUCACUAGGGGGCAACAGCCAGACCGUCAUGAUUGCCUGCGUGAGCCCCUCGGACCGUGACUUCAUGGAGACCCUCAACACCCUCAAAUACGCCAACCGAGCGCGCAACAUUAAGAAUAAGGUGGUGGUAAACCAGGACAAGACGAGCCAGCAGAUCAGUGCUCUGCGGGCAGAAAUCGCGCGCCUGCAGAUGGAGCUCAUGGAGUACAAGGCGGGCAAGCGGGUGAUUGGUGAGGACGGCGCUGAGGGCUAUAGCGACCUGUUCCGCGAGAACGCCAUGCUGCAGAAGGAGAACGGAGCACUGCGCCUGCGUGUGAAGGCCAUGCAGGAGGCCAUCGAUGCUAUCAACAGCCGCGUCACUCACCUCAUGAGUCAGGAGGCCAAUCUGCUGCUGGCCAAGGCCGGUGAUGGCAAUGAGGCCAUUGGUGCUCUGAUCCAGAAUUACAUCCGGGAGAUUGAGGAGCUACGGACGAAGCUCCUGGAGAGUGAGGCCAUGAAUGAGUCGCUCCGCCGCAGUCUCUCCCGGGCCUCGGCUCGGGGCCCCUACUCCCUGGGGACGUCCCCCGCUGCGCCCGCCUUCAGGGGCAGCCCGGUCAGCAGCAUGGAGGAUGCCACCGAGGUGAUCCGCAGGGCCAAGCAGGAUCUGGAACGGCUCAAAAAGAAGGAGGUCAGGCAGAGGAGGAAGAGCCCAGAGAAGGAGGCGUUCAAAAAGAGGGCAAAGCUCCAACAGGAGAACAGUGAAGAGACAGAUGAGAACGAGGCGGAGGAGGAGGAGGAAGAGCGAGAUGAGAGUGGCUGUGAGGAGGAGGAGGGCCGCGAGGACGAGGACGAGGACUCAGGCAGCGAGGAGAGCCUGGUGGACUCGGAUUCGGACCCCGAGGAGAAAGAGGUGAACUUCCAGGCAGACCUAGCCGACCUGACCUGCGAGAUCGAGAUCAAGCAAAAGUUGAUCGAUGAGCUGGAGAACAGCCAGCGGCGGCUGCAGACCCUCAAGCACCAGUAUGAGGAGAAGCUGAUUCUGCUGCAGAACAAGAUAAGGGACACGCAGCUGGAACGCGACCGGGUGCUGCAGAACCUCAGCACCAUGGAGUGCUACACCGAGGAGAAGGCCAACAAGAUCAAGGCCGACUACGAGAAGCGGUUGCGCGAGAUGAACCGGGACCUGCAGAAGCUGCAGGCGGCGCAGAGGGAGCACGCGCGGCUGCUCAAGAACCAGUCUCGCUACGAGCGGGAGCUCAAGAAGCUGCAGGCCGAGGUGGCCGAGAUGAAGAAGGCCAAGGUGGCGCUGAUGAAGCAGAUGCGGGAGGAGCAGCAGAGGCGGCGGCUGGUGGAGACCAAACGGAACCGCGAGAUCGCGCAGCUCAAGAAGGAGCAUCGGCGGCAGGAGUUUCAAAUCCGAGCGCUGGAGUCCCAGAAGCGGCAGCAGGAAAUGGUGCUAAGGAGGAAGACACAGGAGGUGACUGCUCUGAGGCGUCUGGCCAAGCCCAUGUCUGAGCGGGUAGCAGGGCGCGCGGGGCCCAAGCCCCCCAUGCUGGACUCAGGGGCUGAGGUGUCAGCCAGCACCACCUCGUCCGAGGCCGAGUCGGGGGCGCGCUCUGUCUCCAGCAUCGUGCGCCAGUGGAACCGCAAGAUCAACCACUUCCUGGGGGACCAACCCGCACCCACGGUCAACGGCGCUCGCCCUGCUAGAAAGAAGUUCCAGAAGAAAGGGGCCAGCCAGAGCUUCAGCAAGGCGGCCAGGCUCAAGUGGCAGUCCCUGGAGCGGCGCAUCAUCGGCAUCGUCAUGCAGAGAAUGACCCUCGUCAACCUGGAGGCUGACAUGGAGCGGCUUAUCAAGAAAAGGGAGGAGCUGUUCCUCCUGCAAGAGGCGCUGCGGAGAAAGCGGGAGCGGCUGCAGGCCGAGAGCCCCGAGGAGGAGAAGGGGCUGCAGGAGCUGGCGGAGGAGAUCGAGGUGCUGGCGGCCAACAUCGACUACAUCAACGACAGCAUCACGGACUGCCAGGCCACCAUCGUGCAGCUGGAGGAGACCAAGGAGGAGCUGGACUCCACGGACACCUCAGUGGUCAUCAGCUCCUGCUCCCUGGCCGAAGCCCGCCUCCUGCUGGACAACUUCCUCAAGGCGUCCAUUGACAAGGGGCUGCAGGUAGCCCAGAAGGAGGCGCAGAUCCGGCUGCUGGAGGGGCGGCUCAGGCAGACGGACCUCGCCGGCGCCUCGCAGAACCACCUGCUCCUUGACGCCCUGCGGGAGAAGGCUGAGGCGCACCCCGAGCUGCAGGCCCUCCUCUACAACGUGCAGCAGGAGAAUGGCUAUGCCAGCACCGAUGAGGAGAUCUCAGAGUUCUCCGAGGGGAGUUUCUCCCAGUCAUUUACCAUGAAAGGCUCCACCAGCCAUGAUGAUUUCAAGUUCAAGGGGGAGCCCCGCCUAUCAGCGCAGAUGAAGGCGGUGUCCGCUGAGUGCCUGGGACCCCCGCUGGACAUCUCCACCAAGAACAUCACCAAGUCCCUGGCCUCCCUCGUGGAGAUCAAAGAGGACGCGGUGGGUUUCUCCGUGCGCGACCCCUACUACCGGGACAAAGUCUCCCGCACCAUCAGCCUGCCCACCCGCGGGAACACCUUCCCCCGCCAGUCCCGAGGUGCUGACAAAUCCCCGCUGACCCGCCGGAAGUCCUACGACCGAGGGCAGCCCAUCAGGUCCACGGAUGUGGGAUUCACGCCACCCUCAUCCCCUCCCACUCGGCCCCGAAAUGACCGCAAUGUGUUCUCCCGGCUCACCAGUAACCAGAGCCAGGGGUCCGCGCUGGACAAGUCUGAUGACAGCGACUCCUCUUUGUCGGAGGUCCUGAGGGGCAUCAUCUCGCCUAUCGGAGGAGCCAAGGGCACACGGACAGCCCCGCUGCAGUGUGUCUCCGUGGCCGAGGGCCACAGCAAGCCCAUCCUCUGCCUGGACGCCACCGACGAGCUGCUCUUCACAGGCUCCAAAGACCGAAGCUGUAAGAUGUGGAACCUGGUGACGGGGCAGGAGAUCGUGGCUCUGAAGGGUCACCCCAACAACGUGGUGUCCAUCAAGUACUGCGGCCACUCGGGGCUGGUGUUCUCCGUGUCCACCUCCUACAUUAAGGUGUGGGACAUCCGGGACUCGGCCAAGUGCAUCCGGACCCUCACGUCCUCGGGCCAGGUGAUCUCAGGGGAUGCCUGUGCGGCCACCUCCACGCGGGUCAUCACCAGUGCCCCUGGCGAGCACCAGAUCAAUCAGAUUGCCCUCAGCCCCUCGGGUACCAUGCUGUACGCCGCUUCGGGCAACGCCGUCCGCAUCUGGGAGCUCAGCCGGUUCCAGCCUGUGGGCAAGCUGACCGGCCACAUUGGCCCUGUGAUGUGUUUGACAGUCACCCAGACGGCCAGCCAGCACGACCUGGUGGUGACCGGCUCCAAGGACCACUAUGUGAAGAUGUUCGAGCUGGGGGAGUGUGUGGGGGGCACCAUUGGCCCCACCCACAACUUCGAGCCGCCACACUAUGACGGCAUCGAGUGCCUGGCCAUCCAGGGGGACGCGCUGUUCAGUGGCUCCAGGGACAAUGGCAUCAAGAAGUGGGACCUGGAGCAGCAGGGGCUUGUCCAGCAAAUCCCCAAUGCGCACAAGGACUGGGUGAGCGCGCUGGCCUUCGUGCCCGGCCGCCCCAUGCUGCUGAGCGCCUGCCGCGCGGGCGUCAUCAAGGCCUGGAACGUGGACAACUUCACGCUCAUCAGCGAGCUCAAAGGCCACGACAGUCCCAUCAACGCCAUCUGCACCAACGCCAAGCACGUCUUCACCGCCUCCAGUGACUGCCGGGUCAAGGUGUGGAAUUACGUGCCUGGACUCACCCCCUGCAUUCCACGCCGGGUCCUGGCCAUAAAGGGCCGUGCCACCACCCUGCCCUGACCACCCCCCGCCCCCGUUCCCCUCUUUCCUCUCCCUCUCUUUCUCCACUUCGAUCUGAGCUGCUUCUUCACGUGAUCUGACCGUGAAGAUCUGGAGCGGACGGCGGUUACCUGGGGCCCAGGAGUGAUGCCCCACAGCACAGCAGGAAAGUGGGGGACCCCACCCCUCCGACCGGCGACUGGAGACAGGGGUGCCGACC